AUGGAAAGCAAGAUAAUGGACUCCCUUUCCAUUAAAACUAAAAAAGUUAAAGUUCUCAUUGUUAACCUUGAACAUGUUGAGAAAGAUAUUCAGGAUCUGAUCGCCGAGAAGGCAAUAAUGAAAAGUUGUAUAUCUGAUGUUAAUGGUUUCAUCUCAGACAUUAUCAAGACCAAGGAUCCAAUGAUAACAAUUACUGUUCUGAAGCAUCUUGCUGAAAAGCUAAGACCUAUGUUUGCUAUGUUACUCCACUUGGAGGGUAUUCCGGAACCUUCUGUUAUUCCAAAACAAAGGGGAGAUCAACCGAAAAAGCCUUCAACAACUUCAUUGAAAAAGCCUCCAACAACUUCAGUCAAGCCAAGCAUUAAGAGCAAAUCUGAGCCAAAAGGCAAAGAAAAGCUUUUUUAUGAGGAACCAAUAGUUGAUAACGGUGAUGAAGAAGAGCUUGAUGAAGAAGAACUCAAAAGGUGA